AUGAGGGCACACCCAUUUAUACAUGUCAAUCCACCUAAACAUCCAAGGCCUCCUAGAUAUGAUGAUGUGCUUAAAUGCAAUCCACCUAAACAUCCAAGGCCUCCUAGAUAUGAUGAUGUUCUUAAAUGCAAUCCACCUAAACAUCCAAGGCCUCCUAGAUAUGCUGAUGUUCUUAAAUGCAAUCCACCUAAACAUCCAAGGCCUCCUAGAUAUGCUGAUGUUCUUAAAUGCAAUCCACCUAAACAUCCAAGGCCUCCUAGAUAUGCUGAUGUUCUUAAAUGCAAUCCACCUAAACAUCCAAGGCCUCCUAGAUAUGAUGAUGUUCUUAAAUGCAAUCCACCUAAACAUCCAAGGCCUCCUAGAUAUGAUGAUGUUCUUAAAUGCAAUCCACCUAAACAUCCAAGGCCUCCUAGAUAUGAUGAUGUUCUUAAAUGCAAUCCACCUAAUCAUCCAAGGCCUCCUAGAUAUGAUGUUUUUAAAUGCAAUCCACCUAAACAUCGAAGACCUCCCAGAUAUGAUGAUGAUCUUAAAUGCAAUCCACCUAAAUAUCCAAGACCUCCCAGAUAUGAUGAUGACCUUAAAUGCAAUCCACCUAAACAUCCACGGCCUCCUACAUAUGAUGAUGUUCUUAAAUGCAAUCCACCUAAACAUCCAAGGCCUCCUAGAUAUGAUGAUGAUCUUAAAUGCAAUCCACCUAAACAUCGAAGACCUCCCAGAUAUGAUGAUGAUCUUAAAUGCAAUCCACCUAAACAUCCAAGGCCUCCUAGAUAUGAUGAUGUUUUUAAAUGCAAUCCACCUAAACAUCCAAGGUCUCCUAGAUAUGCUGAUGUUUUUAAAUGCAAUCCACCUAAAUAUCCAAGGUCUCCUAGAUAUGAUGAUGUUCUUAAAUGCAAUUCACCUAAACAUCCAAGGCCUCCUAGAUAUGAUGAUGUUCUUAAAUGCAAUCCACCUAAACAUCCAAGGCCUCCUAGAUAUGAUGAUGUUCUUAAAUGCAAUCCACCUAAACAUCCAAGGCCUCCUAGAUAUGAUGAUGUUCUUAAAUGCAAUCCACCUAAACAUCCAAGGCCUCCUAGAUAUGAUGAUGUUCUUAAAUGCAAUCCACCUAAUCAUCCAAGGCCUCCUAGAUAUGAUGUUUUUAAAUGCAAUCCACCUAAACAUUGA